AUGGUACGUCGAUGGAUUCCUAGUAGCAGGUAUCUCCGUAAUAACGACAACAUUGAUGACGAUGACGACAGCGAGUUCACGAACUCGAUGGAUUCUGGGAUGUCUAUACCAUCGUUCAGGGACUCUGUGACCACGAGGUCAUCUCAUAACGAUCCCAUGAAGCCCAGCCUGGGGAACGAUUCCAACAAAGUCAAAAAUUUGGAGAAAGAAUUGACUAAUGCCAAAAUCAAGAUCCAAGUGCUCUAUGAAUACAUUCGCAGAAUCUCCAAUAAGGAUGGCAAUGCACCAUCAAUGGCCAAUGACGCUGACUUUAAAAAUUCGAUUAUCGAAGGUCUAAAUCUCGAAAUAAACAAAUUGAAACAGAGUUUGAAGACGAGGGAGACUGAGUACCAAGAUACACUACAAUUUGUUCAGGAGAAUUUGGAAAAUUCAGAAAGUAUAGUAAAUACAAUCAACCAUCUACUGUCCUUUAUAUUGACGCAUUUUGAUGGGCAAGAUGAAAAUGCUCAUCUUCUUGAUAAAGAGGAGAGGGAAGGCCUGGAGGAAACUUUAGAAUUGAGCUCCGAUUACGUACUUGAAAAAAUGGAUACUUUAUCCAAAUUCAUCAUGCAAUUCUUGCAGGAUUUUUUGCAUUCCAAAGGUCAAGCAGAACCAAAAGAGGAUGAGGAAGAAUUCCGUUCACUGGCUCAGUCUUCUCCUGCAAGAUCACACUUCGAAAGCAAGGGUUCGCUAUCAAGUGAGCAGGAUGAUGCUGAUAGUGGAUUCCAGAAUGAUGAAAUUCAUGACAAUAACAAUCAAAUUGAUACAGAGAAUGUAAUGGCAAACAGUACUUCCUUACCCAUUUCAACCGUCGAGUCUCAUUUCGAGAAAACCUUGGACACUCAAUUGGAGAUUGUGAUUGAAAAUUUACACAAGGAAUAUGAUCAAUUUAUAAAUUCCAUUAGACUAAAAUUUGAAAAAUCGCAAAAAUUAGAGAAGAUGAUAGCGUCCAAACUAAAUGAGCAAUCUCAUCUGCUGGAUUCCUUAGAAUUGGAAGAAAACUCUAAUUCGGUCAUACAAAAACAAGAUCAUUUGAUAUCUCAAUUGAAGGAAAAGAUCGAAUCACAAUCUGCCUUGAUAAAGAAUUUAGAAAAGUUGAAGAAAGAUAUUAGUAGAAUGGAACAAAAUGAGAAAGUUUUAACCAAAGAACUGGAAACUCAGACAAAGAUUAAUAAACUAAAAGAAAAUAAUUGGGACAGCUACAUCAAUGACUUAGAAAAGCAAAUUAAUGACCUUCAAAUCGAUAAAUCAGAAGAAUUCCAAAUAAUACAAAACCAAUUAGACAAAUUAGAUCUGGAGAAUUAUCAAUUGAAAAACCAAUUGAAUACUUUGGACAAUCAAAAUUUAAUACUAUCCCAAUAUGAGACCAAUUUCAUCAAGUUCAAUCAGAAUCUUUUAUUACAUCUUGACAGUGUUUUCCGUAUCCUUCAGAAAAUCUUACAAGAAAGCUCUAUAGUCCAGUUUGACAGGAAGAUGAAAUCAAUAAAAUCAAUACCAAAUGUGCUGAAAAACCUGAAUACGAUUCAGCCCAAACUAGAGUCACUUUACACUUUUAUAGAGACUGCACUAGAAUCCAUAAUAGAUUCAUAUAUCUCUUCGCUGAUUGCCAUGGAAACUCCAGAGCAGCAACAUCAACAGGACGAUGAACCAGCGGCUGCUCCAAAUAAAGAACUGAGCUUACGAAUAGAGGAGUUGCAAAGAAGAUGGAUAUCCGAAAGAGAAAGACGAAAGCUGGAUGCAAACGCUUCAGAAGCUCGGAUCAAGGCCUUAGAACAGGAAAACGAGUCAUUGAGAUCAAAACUUUUCAACCUAUCCAUCAAUAAUUCUUAA